ACGGCAUGGAGAAAUGUUUUUGAUAUUUUUGUCAAGAAAUUUGAAACCCAUCUUGCAAAUAUUAGUCCUGAUGUUCCUAAGGAUAUAGGCAAAAGUUACUUUCAAAUAGAGUUAUUAAUUACAAGUGAACAAAAAGUUCAAUCAAAAUGA